AUGCAAUUCCGCUCGCCUACAGCCGCCAGGAGCUCCCUGGCGCCUCAGGCAGCGUCCUCCUCCCAAGCAGCUGCGCCUGCCCCUGGGCAGCCUGGACCUUCGUGCCCUGCCCCCGGGGCCUCGCGCGGGGGGCGCCCCGGGACACUCUCUGUGGGCCGGGUGGAGGAGGAAGAGGAGGAGGAAGAAGACGUGGACCGGGACCCGUACCCUACGCGGAACACCUGGCUGCGCUGCUGCCACUUCUCUUUAAGGGGGAGAAGAGAGCCGGGGAGAGCCAUGGGGGGCAGCGAAGUCCGGGAAUUUCUUUUGCAAUUUGGUUUCUUCUUGCCUCUGCUGACAGCUUGGCCGGGCGACUGCAGUCACGUCUCCAACAACCAAGUUGUGUUGCUUGAUACAACAACUGUGCUGGGAGAGCUAGGAUGGAAAACAUAUCCAUUAAAUGGGUGGGAUGCCAUCACUGAAAUGGAUGAACAUAAUAGGCCCAUUCACACAUACCAGGUAUGUAAUGUGAUGGAACCAAACCAAAACAACUGGCUUCGUACAAACUGGAUCUCCCGUGAUGCAGCUCAGAAAAUUUAUGUGGAAAUGAAGUUCACACUGAGGGAUUGUAACAGCAUCCCAUGGGUCUUGGGGACUUGCAAAGAAACAUUUAAUCUAUAUUAUGUGGAAUCAGAUGAGUCCCAUGGAAUUAAAUUCAAGCCAAGCCAGUAUACAAAGAUUGACACAAUUGCUGCUGAUGAAAGUUUUACCCAGAUGGAUUUGGGUGAUCGCAUCCUCAAACUCAACACUGAAGUUCGUGAGGUGGGGCCUGUAGAAAGGAAGGGAUUUUAUCUGGCUUUUCAAGACAUUGGGGCAUGCAUUGCCCUAGUUUCGGUCCGUGUUUUCUACAAAAAGUGCCCCUUUACUGUUCGUAAUCUGGCCGUGUUUCCAGACACUAUCCCAAGAGUUGAUUCUUCCUCCUUGGUUGAAGUAAGGGGCUCUUGUGUGAAGAGUGCAGAAGAGCGUGACACUCCUAAACUGUAUUGUGGAGCUGAUGGAGAUUGGCUGGUUCCUCUUGGAAGGUGUAUCUGCAGUACAGGAUAUGAAGAAAUUGAAGGUUCUUGCCACGCUUGCAGACCAGGAUUCUAUAAAGCAUUUGCUGGCAACACAAAGUGUUCUAAAUGUCCUCCACACAGUUUAACCUACAUGGAAGCAACUUCUGUCUGUCAGUGUGAAAAGGGUUACUUUCGAGCUGAACAAGACCCACCUUCCAUGGCAUGUACCAGGCCACCUUCAGCUCCUAGGAAUGUGGUUUUUAACAUCAAUGAAACGGCCCUUAUUUUGGAAUGGAGCCCACCAAGUGACACAGGAGGGAGAAAAGAUCUCACAUACAGUGUAAUCUGUAAGAAAUGUGGCUUAGACACCAGCCAGUGUGAGGACUGUGGUGGAGGACUCCGCUUCAUCCCAAGACAUACUGGCCUGAUCAACAAUUCCGUGAUAGUACUUGACUUUGUGCCUCACGUGAAUUACACCUUUGAAAUAGAAGCCAUGAAUGGAGUUUCUGAGUUGAGUUUUUCUCCCAAGCCAUUCACAGCUAUUACAGUGACCACGAAUCAAGAUGCACCUUCCCUGAUAGGUAUGGUAAGGAAGGACUGGGCAUCCCAAAAUAGCAUUGCCAUAUCAUGGCAAGCACCUGCUUUUUCCAAUGGACCCAUACUGGACUACGAGAUCAAGUACUAUGAGAAAGUCUACCCACGGAUAGCGCCGGCAUUUUGGCACUACCUGCGGGUAGAAGACCACGAGCAGCAGCUCUCCUAUUCCUCCACGAGGUCCAAGGCCCCCAGUGCCAUCAUCACAGGUCUCAAGCCAGCCACCAAGUACAUUUUUCAUAUCCGAGUGAGGACUGCAACAGGGUACAGUGGAUACAGUCAGAAGUUUGAGUUUGAAACAGGAGAUGAAACUUCUGACAUGGCAGCGGAACAGGGGCAGAUUCUCGUGAUAGCCACUGCGGCCGUGGGAGGAUUCACUCUCCUCGUCAUUCUUACUUUGUUCUUCUUAAUCACUGGAAGAUGUCAAUGGUAUAUAAAGGCCAAAAUGAAGUCAGAAGAGAAGAGAAGAAAGGACUUACAGAAUGGGCAUUUACACUUCCCAGGAAUUAAAACUUACAUAGAUCCAGAUACAUAUGAAGACCCAUCCCUAGCAGUCCAUGAAUUUGCAAAGGAGAUCGAUCCCUCAAGAAUACGCAUUGAGAGAGUCAUUGGGGCAGGUGAAUUUGGAGAAGUCUGUAGUGGGCGUUUGAAAACACCAGGGAAAAGAGAGAUCCCAGUUGCCAUCAAAACUUUGAAAGGUGGCCACAUGGAUCGGCAAAGAAGAGAUUUUUUAAGAGAAGCAAGUAUCAUGGGUCAGUUUGACCACCCAAAUAUCAUUCGCUUAGAAGGUGUUGUCACAAAAAGAUCCUUCCCGGCCAUUGGGGUGGAAACGUUUUGCCCCAGCUUCCUGAGGGCAGGGUUUUUAAAUAGCCUCCAGGCCCCGCAUCCAGUGCCAGGGAGAGGAUCUUUGCCCCCCAGGAUUCCUGCUGGCAGACCAGUAAUGAUUGUGGUGGAAUAUAUGGAGAAUGGAUCCCUAGACUCCUUUUUACGGAAACAUGAUGGCCACUUCACAGUCAUCCAGUUGGUUGGUAUGCUCCGAGGCAUUGCAUCAGGAAUGAAGUACCUUUCUGAUAUGGGUUAUGUUCACCGAGACCUAGCAGCUAGGAAUAUAUUGGUCAACAGCAACUUAGUAUGCAAAGUUUCUGAUUUUGGUCUCUCCCGAGUGCUGGAAGAUGAUCCAGAAGCUGCUUAUACAACAACUGGUGGGAAAAUACCCAUAAGGUGGACAGCCCCAGAAGCUAUUGCCUACAGAAAAUUCUCCUCGGCAAGUGAUGCAUGGAGCUAUGGCAUUGUCAUGUGGGAGGUCAUGUCCUAUGGAGAGAGACCUUACUGGGAAAUGUCUAACCAAGAUGUCAUUCUGUCCAUUGAAGAAGGCUACAGACUUCCGGCUCCCAUGGGCUGUCCAGCAUCUCUACACCAGCUGAUGCUCCAUUGCUGGCAGAAGGAGAGAAAUCACAGACCAAAAUUUACUGACAUUGUCAGCUUCCUUGACAAGCUGAUCCGCAAUCCCAGUGCCCUUCACACCCUGGUAGAGGACAUCCUUGUGGUCAACGGACUCCACAGCCAGUGCCCGUCAACAGAGCUCUCUGACUGUUCUAUGGCUGUAGACGCAGGCAGAAUGCCAGACUCUCCUGGUGAAGUUCCUGAAUAUCCUUUGUUUGUGACAGUCGGUGACUGGCUAGAUUCUAUAAAGAUGGGGCAAUAUAAGAAUAACUUCAUGGCAGCAGGGUUUACAACUUUUGACCUCAUUUCAAGAAUGAGCAUUGAUGAUAUUAGAAGAAUUGGAGUCAUACUCAUUGGACACCAGAGACGAAUAGUCAGCAGUAUACAGACUUUACGUUUACACAUGAUGCACAUACAGGAGAAGGGAUUUCAUGUAUGAAAGUACUACAAGCACCUGUGUUUUGUGCCUCAGCAUUUCUAAAAUGAAAGAUAUCCUCUCUACUACCCUCUCUUCUGAUUCUCCAAACAUCACUUCACAAACUGCAGUCUCCUGUCAGACUAUGGGCACACACCCUUUGUUUAUGCUUCCAACCUGGACUUAAAAAUCACUCAUCAUAGCUCCUCUCUGAAUAACCUGCAAAUAAAACCCUGGCCCACUGCAGAUUAUCAUUACACAAUGGUAAAUAACUCAGCAUGGAUGCGUAACUUUGUAUAAUUGUAUUUCGGAAGUGUUCAAGGACUUAACCCAAAGGAAUUUGGGGAUAAUGAUGUAUUUAGAGU